AUGGCUACUCUACAAAGGUCUGCAGUUUCAUUUAGGAGGCAAGGUUCAUCAGGCUCGGUAUGGGAAGACAAGUUCUCAUCUGGAAACAUGCAUAAUAUGAUGCAAAAGCAAGGGAAUGCAGACCAGAGAGAGCUAAGGCCAUGCCAAAGUGUCGUUCGACCCAGUCGUUCAACCAUGGCUCCUUCCAUUUGUCCUCGCAGUUUAUCAACUCCAGCCGGCAAGCCAGCUUCCCACAAGGCAUUCGGGUUUGGUUUUCUUGGUGUUUUCAGGAGACCAAUACCCAGGCAGAGGCAUACAUCUGGAAACGAUGCACAUCAGCUCUGA